AUGUUGAGAAAGGGGGAAUGGGUUUGGGUGGACUCGAGCAUAGGGGUGCCCAUCGGAGCAAGGGUCAAAGUAACACCGUCGGGUCAGCGGUUGCUGGUGGACGAUGAGGGAAAGGAGCGCAGGUUGUCACCGGAGCAGGAAGCCUCCCUCAAGAUCAUGCACCCUACAUCGGUGGAGGGGGUGGACGACAUGAUCAAACUCGGGGACAUGACGGAGGCCGGUCUCCUCAGGAACCUCCUGCUCAGACACAGACAAGGCAUCAUCUAUGUGAGCAACACACUGAAGGAAAAAGUGAUUUUUGUCGCCACUUUUGGAAACGCUAAAACAAUCCGCAAUGACAACUCCAGCCGCUUUGGGAAAUAUUUGGAAAUCUUCUUCAACAAGGAUGGAGUGAUUGAGGGUGCACGCGUGGAGCAGUAUCUUCUGGAAAAGUCUCGUGUCUGUCGUCAGGCUCUGGAGGAGCGAAAUUACCACAUAUUUUACUGCCUGCUGGCAGGAAUCUCAGCAGAGGAGAAAAAACGCCUGAGCCUCGGGAAUGCCAAGGAAUACAAAUUCCUUACCAAGGGCAACUGCAUUGCUUGUGGAGGACGAGACGAUGCCAAAGACUACAGUCGUAUUAAUUCCGCCCUAAAAACGCUGAAUUUCUCAGGAAAAGACUGUCAUGAAAUCUUCAAGCUCCUGGCGGCCAUACUACACCUGGGAAACGUCUGCUUUGAGGCCAACACUCAAAAUAACCUGGAAACCAGUGAAGUCAGCAAAUCGGAACAUUUCAAUGUGGCGGCAUCACUACUGGAGGUGGAGAAGCCCACCCUGGCGACCAAUCUGACUCAUCGAUCCUUUAAGACCAACCGCGAAAUGGUGACUAAACCUCUGAGCUGUGAACAGGCAGCUGACUGCAGAGACGCCUUUGUGAAGGCGAUCUACAAUAAGCUGUUCAUAUGGAUUGUUAAGAAAAUCAACAGUGUCAUCUACAAGAAGCUGACCAGCAACUCCAAAUCAGCCUACCUGUCCGUCGGCCUGCUUGACAUCUUUGGCUUCGAGAACUUCAACACUAACAGUUUUGAGCAGCUUUGCAUUAACUUUGCCAACGAGAAGCUGCAGCAGUUCUUCGUGGCCCACAUCUUCAAGCUCGAGCAGAAGGAGUACAUGAAGCAGGGCGUCAUGUGGGAUAACAUCAACUUUAGCGACAAUCAGAAGAUUCUCGACCUUCUAGCUGGAAUACAAUGUAAUGUGCUGGCUCUUGUUGAUGAAGAGAGCCACUUUCCAAAGGGUACAGACGCGACGAUGCUAGAGAAGUUGAACCAGCACCACAAAGGACACAAGAACUACAUCGCCUCCAGGAGUGAACGUGACACAAACUUUGGGAUUUGUCACUUCGCUGGCCUGGUUCAGUACGACUCCAAUGGUUUCUUGGAAAAGAACAGGGAUGCUGUCAGUUCGGACAUCAUUAAGAUGCUCGACAUGUCUGCCAAUAAGCUACUGCGUGACAUAUUUGAGUCUGAACUGUCAACCAAUGGGAUUAAGGCUGUUAAAAAUAAAAAGUUCAUCAUGACCCCAAGCAACUCUCUGCGGGGAUUGGCUGACACUCGCAAACAAGUGCCGACACUGAGCGGCCAAUUCCGGCAGUCUCUGGACUCCCUAAUGAAGGCUCUGUCUGCCUGCCAGCCUUUCUUCAUCCGCUGUUUCAAACCCAACAAUGGCAAGCAAUCUGAGGUGUUUGACAGAGAGCUGUGUAUGCGUCAGCUGAGAUACUCCGGCAUGAUCGACACCAUCCGUAUUCGGAAGCUGGGAUUUCCCAUUCGACACACGUUCGACGACUUCUUAAAGCGCUACAGGGUGCUCCUGAAGACAACCGUCUGCAACCCCAAUACCGAGUCUGCUGCGGCCUGUUGUAAAGCCAUCUGUGAGGCGGUGAUCGAAAGGGAAGGCGAAUGGAAAAUAGGCAAUACCAAAGUUUUCCUAAAGGAUGUUCACGAUUCUAUUCUUGAAAAGCGGCGGGAACAAGAGCUCAGCAGGGUAGCUUUGGUGAUCCAGAGAGUCAUGCUUGGACAGAGAGACAGAAAGUCUUUUCUGAGGAAGCGUUCGGCAGCCGUGGUGCUACAGCGGUCCUGGAGAGCCUACAUGAAAACAAAGGUUCAGCGCGGCUUUGAGCGGCUGGCAGCACUAAUCCGUAGCCGGAAACUCCAGGCAAAGUACCAAAAGCAGCGAGAAGCAGCAGUCGUCAUACAAGCACAGGUACGAGGCUAUGUGGCGAGGAAGGACUUGAAGAAAAAGAGAGAGGCAGUCACACGGCUGCAGGCGCAAAGGCGAGGAGUGCUGGCCAGAAGGGAAGUUGAGUCCAUGAUGAACACGGCUUUAGUUUUAAAACAGCUGGAGGAGGUCUCACAGAUACUGGACAAUGAAACCAAGUCAGAGUCAGAGCACGAUUCAGACGACGAAGAUCUUCCCGUCACGCCUUCAGUCAAUGUAGCAGACGAAGAAACUUCAGAAUCUGAGACGAGUCACAGCAGUCCAGAGCCUGUAAAGAUAAUCUCUGAGCUCUUGGAGCCAGAGUUGAUAGUCACCCCACCAUCAAACUCGAUAUCCCCGACCCCUUCGGUGGAUGAAGAUAAGGAGGAGGAGACCGAUGACUUUGAGGACGACGGUGAUGAGUUUUCAUUCUACAGGUUCAGCCAGCGUUACUUCCAGGACAGCGCCAGCCACACGCACAUACCCUACCGACUCAAGAAGUCUCUUCUGCAUCACGACGAUGAGGGUGACACACUGGCAUGUCUGACUAUAUGGUGGAUCAUUUUGCGCUUCAUGGGGGAUAUACCAGAACCCAAAUCCUCAGAUGCCAUAUCAGUGGCAUCAAGCAACACGCCCCAGGCUCUACCCAGCAGGCAGGGCAGGAGGCUGAGCAACUUGGUGGGACUGGACCAGAAAAUACUGAGGAAGAACAAGAAAAAGUUUGACAGAAGAGCCUCUUCUAUCCCCGAGGAGCCAGAAAACUUGACAGGAGAAGAGGAUGUUAUGAUUGGAGAGGGUACCACGCUGCAAAGGCCACUUUCAGACUUGGAAAAAAUUCACAUCAUCAUCGGCUAUGCUCUGUCAAAACACGGCAUAUGGGAUGAGAUCUAUUGUCAGAUCUGUAAACAGCUGUUGAAAAACAAUGACAGGAGGAAUCGUAUGCAAGGGUGGAUUCUUCUCUCCAUCUGUCUGGGGAUUUUCCCUCCAACAGACCUCUUUAGGAAGUAUUUAGAGAACUUUCUGCGCAGAGGGCCAUAUGACUACAGGGGGUAUUGCACUGAGCGCCUGAAACGUAUCGUAGCCAAUGGACCAAGAAAAGAGUUGCCCUGCUGGAUAGAGCUACAGGCUGCCAGGACCAGGAAACCCAUUGAUACGACUGUGGCAAUACAGGAUGGUCGAAAUAUUGAAAUACAACUGAACUCGUCCUCCACAUCUGAGGAAGUCUGCCAAGAUGUGGCCAAUGACAUCGGUCUCAAAGACACCUACGGAUUCUCCCUGUACAUUAGGCUCUAUGACAAGAUGUGGUCUCUGGGGAACUCUGGGGCACACGUUCUAGAUGCAAUAUCUCAGUGUGAGGAAGAGAUGAGGAGGCAAGGCAGACUGGAGAAGGAUACCCCAUGGUCGCUGUCCCUCCGCAAGGAACUGUUCACACCCUGGCACGAAAGUAAACUAGAUGAAGUCAGCACAGAUCUUAUCUACAGGCAGAUCAUCAAAGGAAUCAAGGCAGGAGAGUACGUUGCUGAUAAGGAUGAUGAUUAUAUCCAGCUGGCAAUAAUGCACUAUUACAUCAUGUUUGGCUCCGAGUAUAGCGUUGAGAACGUCACCAAAGUGGUUAAUGAGUGCAUCACCACCCAGCUUAUUGAAAGCAAGUCUAAAACAAGAUGGACCCAGUUCAUCAGCUCAGCACACAAAGAGGGUCCUUAUGUCAGUGGGAGGCAAAACUCGGAUGAGGUAAAAGGAGAACUGGUGGACAUCGCACGCAAGAAGUGGGCAAUCCACUUUUCAAAGUUUUUUGAAGUCACAAUGAUGUCAGGACCACCUUUGCCCAAAAGCAGAUUUAUUGUGGCUAUAAACUGGACUGGCAUCUUCUUCAUGGACGAGAGAAAUAGGCAACUUCAUGAAAUUCCUUACAUAGCAGUUAGGAAAGUCCAGGAGAAAAGUGACAGUGCCCAGACCAUUAGCUUGAUCACGAUCACAGGAGAGUAUGUCCUGAAGUCUCCUGAAGCUGAGAAAAUUGUAACACUGAUAGAGAACAAUGUGGAAGGGCUGAGACAGCGCUCAGUGUUUGCAACCGCUCAGCAGGACUCUAGCAAAUCAGAUGACCCGCUGUUUCUGGUUUGUAAGCGAGGUGACCUCCUGCAAGUAGACAAAGAAAAAAGUGCCCCUAAUGAGAGCUGUUUCAUCGCCACCAACAAGCGCACUGGCAGCUCUGGUGCAGUCUAUAAGAAAAUAUUGCUGUUCCUGCCAACUCUUACCGAGCCCACUAGUGAAAUGCUGGAACAACUCAAUCCAAAGCAGGAUAAGAGGAGAGCUUCACUAGUUCUUAACCCCGUUCAAGGAGAAGAAACAGUGGCCCCUGUCUCUUUGAAAGAGUUUGCCCUUGAGAAUUUCAGAUCUGUGAGUGGCGGUCGGCAAGGAUACAAAGGAGGCAACAGAGAGAAACUGUGGGUCAUUUCCAGAGAGCCUCUCAAGCAACCACUCCUGAAGGUGCUGGUCAACAACUCUGAGCUCAGCAACCUGGCCUGCAGUGCCUUCACUGCCAUCCUGAAGUACAUGGGCGACUACCCCAUCAAACAUGUCCGCAGUCCCGUAGAGUUGACCGACCAGAUCUUUGGUCCAGCCACAAAGCAUGAAGAACUGCGCGAUGAAAUUUACUGCCAGAUCAUGAGACAGAUGACCGCCAACAGCAACAGUUUGAGUAUGGAGCGUGGGUGGCAGCUGAUGUGGCUGUGUUCAGGCUUGUUCCCACCCAGCUGGGAUUUAUUGAAACACACACAGUGCUUCCUGGAGUCGCGGCCCAGAUACCCACUGGCUGCUCUUUGCCUGGAGAGGCUGCAGGAGAUCUGCAGUAAGAAGCCCAGGAAUCUUCCUCCCCAUUUCGUAGAAGUGGACGCUAUCCAACAGAACAGCCCUAAGAUCUUCCAGAAAGUCCACUUCCCAGAUGAUACAACUGAUAUAGUCGAGGUGACAUCAACAACCACAAUUGGAGACAUGUGCAUCAGCAUCGCCUCUCAGCUCAUUCUGUACUCACCUGAAGGAUACGGCCUGUACCUGAAAACACUAACCAAGACGGUGAGCAUGGAGGAGGAUAAAUAUUUCUUUGACAGUCUAAAGAUAACCUCAGACGUCCCCAAAAAAAGAAAAAAGGGGAAAGAAGUCACUCAGACCAAUUUACCUUCCUUGGUGCUCUUUAAGAGGAAGCUCUGGUUCAAUGUGAACCCGGGGAAAGAUGUGAAAGCAGAUCUCACUUUCCAUUUCCCACAGGAACGAUCGAAGUACCUGCGGGGAUACCACGACUGCACCAAAGAAGACAUGAUUACUCUGGGUGGGCUCCUAUUCAGAGUCAAAGUAGAAUCAGACAUGUCACAGUUCGUCAUGAUCCCCAAAAUGUUGAAGGACCUGGUUCCUGCUGACCAGCAAAAGAUCAUGUCCCCUGAUGAAUGGAAGAAGCACAUCAUCUCCUCAUACAAGCAGCAGAGUGGCAUCACAGUGGACGAAGCCAAAAUCGACUUCCUAAAAAUCAUUUCAAGUUGGCCAACCUUUGGCUGUACCUUCUUUGAAGUUAAACAAACAUGUGAAUCUAGCUACCCAGCUAUACUUCUGAUCGGCAUCAAUAAGCAAGGGGUUCGCUUAGUAGACCCAGAAACAAAGGACACAAUGAUAAUGCACGAGUUCAGCCGCAUCACAGAAUAUUUCAGCAAAGGCAACUCCUUCCAGAUGACCAUCGGCACCAUGUUCAGGGGCAUCACCUUUGUCUGUGAAACCCCAAAUGCCCACACGAUCGAAGACCUCCUCAGAUCCUACGUCAGCAUGUAUGAAAAGGCAAGGCAGGCCCCCCUUAAUCACAGGAAGAGCAUAUUUUCUUAAGGUUUCACUGGCGGAAGUAUAGACUUAACCUUUGUGGAUUAUAUGUACUCCUGCCCAAUGUCUCUAUAGGAAUGUAUUUGUAUCCUUAAAAAUACAAACUCAUCAAUUUGUACAUUUAGAUUUUAGCAUUUACAAUUCUUUCUAAGGAACAAGCAUUCAAACUGUAAUAUUUCCAUUGUUAUCGCCUUAAAUGCAGUAAAAUUCUGUUUUCUGAAGAAACGGUUGCAUGUCCACGACUUCCUCUGACAUUCAUGUAACUGUCAUGGCAUUAAACUAUGACGUCCAACUGUGUCCUAUUCCUACAAUGAUUAACAUUUAACAGUAAAUUUUGCAAUUCACAAAACACUGAUUACAUUUCCCUGCUGCUUCUUAUGUCUUGCAUUU